AUGGAAAUAAGUGGUAGCAGCGUCUCACCUGCCUCUUCGAUUGAAUCACCAUCAGGCACAGGUGAACAGAAUAAAAAGACAAAAUUUAGGCGGAAUUACAUGGCAUGUCUUAACUGCCGAAUACGGAAAGUAAAGUGCGAUUUGGGUGAUGUUAACAGUCCACAUGGACCACCAUGUGCCAGAUGUAAGCGGGAGAGGAAAGAAUGCAUUUUUGUUGAGCGCAAAAGAGGUGGCUCACAUGCAAAGGCAGCAUUAAAAAGGAGGAAACUGCUUGAUAGCGUUGGAAAACACCCAGAUCUCGCUCUUAGUGGAAAAGACAGACUCCCUAACUCUGUAAAUGCUCUUAAUGGUACUUCUCAGUUGUCUAGAGAUGCAUUUUCUGUUGGCUCUACUGCAAACACGUAUGCCCCAAGUUUGGCGCAGAUACCGGCAUCUGGUUAUGGCUCCUCACGUAGUCAAGUUCAGCAGCAGCAGGUUCCCUUUUCGGGGUUUUCGGCUGGUAAUAAGAUGCCAUUUCUAGGUAGUACUGCUACUCAUACACUUCCUUCUGAAUCUUUACCUGUGUCAUCUCAACUUCCGGCAAUGCUGCCACCUCCAAACUCAGUUGCCGGUGCACCUUUUACCACAAAUAGUGUAUCAUAUCACCCAAUUGCCAAUUCCAUGCCACAGUUGAACGUUGGCAGUACUAUGAAAUCGCAUUCCACUGCUUCUGUUACUGGAGCUGAUAUAUCCACUGGUAGAAUAAACACGUAUAGAAAAGCAGAAGUGUCUAAUGCGAAACUCCAAUCCAAACUACUCAGAAAUGAUGUCAACGAUGAUUCAUUCAAGCAGAGCCCAACCCUUUCUACUGAAGAUCACGCUCAAAAUUCAAAUCACCCACGAAAUAAUGUACGUGAAAGAAUUUACUCUGAUCAGCCGUUGACAAACAAUGCCACGAUGGUUUUCUUGGCACAUAUUGCAGGAAAAAUCGCCAAAGCUGAUAAGAGAGACAGGAUCGAUGGGAAAGAGAAGGUUGAAGAACUUGAGGCUGCAAUACCUACUUCAGUGGAAGCCAAACGGAAGUCCAUGUUGAGAUCUAGGGAAAACAGCUUGACUAGAAAGGUCAACAGUACAUACAAUAGUAUGUCUAGUUUAUCCAGAGAGAGCUCCUAUCAAGAUAUUCCAUCCUCCAAUUCUUCGUCCAGCAAUUUGUCAAAGGAGGCUUUUGGCCAUGCAAGCGAUUUGUUUCCAAGCAUUCGCAAAGACAGAUUCGAGAUGCCUCCAAUUAAAUCAACGCUAUCAAUGCGUCUAAGUCCUACUGCGAAGCUUUCUGAUAUUGAAUACAUAGGUUCUGAUGGCAUUAUGACAGAGAUCGAGGCCAGAAGACUUAUUAAACUCUUUUUCACGACGAUGCAUCCGUUUUUCCCCUAUAUUCCAGAUGAACUCCACAAUCCAGAUAUUCUUCCAGCAUAUCCAAUGCUGUUAUGUGCCAUUUUAACGGUUGCAGCAAGAUACCAUCCACUUCCGUUUGAAAAUGAACCCUUCAACGGGAAGUCAGAGCAAUCAAAAAAGAGCCAAAUAGAAUGUGACAAAAAGAUUUCAGAUGAUCACGAAGAUGACAAAAAUGUUCGCCACUUGAAGGUACACGAACAAUUAUGGAUAUAUUGUCAACGCCUGUUUAGUAUGACGGUUUGGGGUGAAAGUAGUAGCAGAUCAAUUGGUACAUUGCUGUCGUUUUUACUAUUUACAGAAUGGAACCCAAGAGCUAUUCAUUUUAGAUGGAAUGAUUAUGCAAACUCUGCUGAUGAUGAAUCUGGUCAACAGGAACAAUAUGCCGGCUUAAGUGCGAUGAAAAGAUCGGAGUUGAUGUCUUUCAUGCUUAUUGGAACUGCAAAUAGAUUAAGCUUUCUUUUACCGGAUCAUCCACUUACAUUUAUGGCUACACACGUUGCAGAGACACAUGCAGCCAUUGGAUUGAAUAAAAGAUCGAUGCUGGCUCAGACACUGGCCGAAGUUGAUGUGAAUUCUCCAAAAUGGGGGUUCACCCAAAUACAGAAAGGUACUUUAGAGUUGCUACAGUUCUUUUCUCUUUGCUACGAGACAUUAUAUGGACAACAUCCCAAGUUUGGUCAUCUCAACAAGUAUCAGAACCUUGCCAUUUUGGAUAUUCUCUCGCCCAUUUUGGAAAAUUGGUAUCAAAAGUACCACCGUCUUCUGAAGCCAUCAAACCCACAUUCAGUUAAUUUUGACCAUCAGGCCUCAAAACCUCAGGAUCGAAUCAACUGGCUUUCGCUUUCAGAGAAAACACGGCAUGAUCUCUCGAGCAUGAUUGAGCGAGAAUCAUUAAUAUUAGAUUAUUACUACACGAAGUUGUAUCUAUACUCUUUGGCAUUAAGCGGCGAUACUUCUGUGAGUGCUAAUUUGGUUAACUCUAAGAAAGGAAGAAGUUUGCGAUUGGAUGAAUUGGUGAGAUACUCUAGAUAUGUUGAAUUGGCUUAUAAGGCUGCAAAAGAGGUCCUGGCUGUUACCCAAAGAGUUCAUAGACUCAAAUUACUUAAAUUUAUGCCAGUUCGAUGGGUUACCAGAAUUAUUAAGGCUGUGUCUUUUAUAGUGAAAUGUUACCUUACGCUGACAACCGAUACAACAUCUUCUAAAAAGUCAAAGGGAACUUUGGGCUUUGAUCAAUCUGAUGAGUUGAAAGUUGGAGGUGAGCAAUCCGCAAUAUUGCAGAUGUCUGUUAUUCCUGUUGAAGAGAUUGUCAGUCUGCUCCAGAAAACUGCCAUUUGUCUCAGAGAUGCUGCUCCAGAUGAACUUCAUCUCAGUACUAGAUAUUCGACCAUUCUAAUGUAUCUAUGCUCGCAAUUCAAGUCCAGAAUGAGAGACCAUCGCGAAAAAUUGGUUGUCGAUUACGAGUCCAGAAUUCGAGAUAAAGAAAUGCGGGAAGCAGGAAAGAUGUCUGAAAAAGGGCAAAAUUCCAACAAUGAAAGGUUAGAUUUAUCACAGAAUAGUUCACAACAGACUACUGGGUUUGAUUUAUCAGCAAAAAGGACCAACUUUGUUUCUGAUGAUAGGCCAUACAAUAUUGCAACAGAGAGCGCUUCCUACACAGGAAACUCCUUUUCACAACCUUCACAACAUCAAUGUGGUAGUAUAUCAACGCAAGGUUCAUCCAUAGGUGGGCCAAAUUCCGAAAGUGCUGUUAGCGCCAACGGUAAUUCUAAUUUUUCCUCAGACCAACAGUUAUUCGACGAUUACUUUUCUAACACAAACCCAUCGGAAACCUUGUUCACAUGGUUUGCAUCCAACAACAGUCCGGGAUUAGAUUUCGUUGAUCAGUUUACUAAAGAAAUGGAGAUGGAAUUCAUCAAUAAAGGUGGUAAGAAUCUUCAAAAGCAACCAGGAAGAAAGCUCCAAGAUGAUAACUCUACUACGCACACUGAAUUUCCAAUGGAGGGAUCGUCUGAAACGACGAAAUAA